GCAUGUUUACAUUUCCCCUUGCCUGCGGUCUCUUUAUCAGGCAAUGGGUUUGUUCUGCCUCUAGUAUAAAGUAAGCGAGCUUGGGUUUCACACACACACGUACUGCACACAUGCAGAAUGCUCAGGAUGACACAGACGAGUACAGUAUUGAGCAUUUUCGUCUUGUUUCUUCACACCACUUUUGGGGAAAGUGGUUGCACCUCAGCAGAUGGUGAUGGGACUUUUGGAGAUGAUGAACCAGACAAUUUUGACAUUGACUGCUUCAGCCAGCUGGAGUUUAAAGAUUCCUAUAGCAGCCUGACCUGCAAUUUUACCGAGCUGCCUCCUCACAACACUAACUAUACCCUGGCCCUGUGUACGAAGGAAGACAGCAAUUACGUGUGUUUCAACAUGGAGAAACAGGAAGAUGCAUAUUUCUUACAGUUCACUGAUAUACUCUCAAAUAAAGACAUUUGCAUGGACUCUGAGAUAAAGAGAAGGGUCUGCAGGAGCCUGGUUGUAACUGACAUCGUUAAGCCUGAAGUACCGUUUGAUGUAAACAUCACAUAUCAAAAGGAGGCAAAUGAAUACCUUAUUCAUUAUAGUACACCACACUCAUGGAAGAAAUAUUUAAAGGACAAAUUAAUACACCAAAUAGCAUAUCGGCAGGAAGAAGGUACUUGGAAGACAAUAGAGUCGCCAUACCUUCAGGUAAAAUUACUGGGGAAAAACCUGGAAAAUGAUGCAUCAUAUGAGGUGAAAGUACGUUCGCAGCCCAACGGAGACUAUUUUAAGGGCAUGUGGAGCGAAUGGAGCGAUUCCAAGAGCUUCAGAACCGCAAGGGAGCAGCACUCCAUGGAGAGCUACAGUAGCAUGGUUGUGGUUAUACUCUCCAUCCUGGGAUUCAUGCUGUCUGUUGUCAUGAUUGUCCUGAUGGUAACUUUUUGGGAAAACAGAAUCAAGCCUGCUGUGUGGCCAAACCUUCCUGAUCAUAAAAAAACACUGGAGCAACUAUGCAAGAAGCCAAAAAAUAAUUUUGAUAUAAGCUUUAACCCAGAGAGUUUUGGUUACGUUCAUAUCCAUAAAGUGGAUGGCAUUGGAGCAAAAGCUGAACUGGAAAAUUUUCUGCAGCCAUCAACUGUUCCAGAGACAAAUCUUCCAGAAAAAUUCAGGAGUGGAUCAGACCUGAAGAUGAUCCCUGUGAUGACAGACAAAAGCAACCUGAACCUGUCUGUGAGUUAUGGAGGAAUCUGGUCGGCUGAAGCCCUGCACAAACUCCUGGGCACCUCCCAGUUUGCAGCCACUGAAGGAAACUGUGGCUCCAGUACAUACGAGGUGUGCCACAGCAAUGGGGUGCCCCUGUGCAAUGAUGGUUUUAACCUUUCCUCCACUCCUCCCUCGGAUCCAUCUAGCCAGCCUGGACCAGAGCCCUUAAAUGGUGACACCAUAUCCCUGCCUACCAACGAAAUGAGGUCACCCAACAACGAGGAAGCCUAUGUCACAAUGUCCAGCUUCUACAAAAUUCAGUAA